AAAAAAAAACUUGUGGGUCCUGUGAUGGGUGAGGCGCCUUUUAGUUAUGGUUUUACCAUCUGUAUCAGUCUGAGAAUGGGUUCGAGGGCUCGACAAUGGCAAUGACAUCAAAUAUUAAAGUCUCAAUUUUCGCAGACACCACCUUAGGCACUCGCAUAGCUAUGGCCGUCCCUCCAGAGAUCACUGCAGUAGAUUUUAAGAGGAAAUUUGAGAGAGUGCACUGUAAAUACUUUGCAGGAUCAGGAGAGAUAGAAGUUUGUGGGUUAAUGGUUAAGAAAAAGUCACGCUUCUAUUACCUGCCUGACUCAAUUCCUAUGAAGUAUGCUUUCCAGGGAGUGAGGGGCACCUGGUUUCUUCAUGUUGAAGCCAAAACUUCAGCCAAAUGUUUUGGUACGUGUUUACUUGGUUUAGCUGUUGAAAAUUCCUUUGCAAGCGCAGACAAGAGCAGUACAAAAGGUGAGAGAAAGAAAUAUCAGGACAUUGAAGUACAGAGUCAUAAAUCUACACUUGAGGGGAGUAGGUGUGAUGGUGUAUCAAACAAGAAGACGAAGAGAGAAAGGAAAGAAUGGUUUUUAGAUUACAAUGCUAAUGAAAAUGGGAUCAAGUGCACUAGUUCUGACACAAAAACUGCAGUUGUAAAUGCUAACAAGAUUUCUGAUCACUCUACAUUGGUUAAAGAAGUUGAACCUCCAUAUCCUCAGGCUCCUACAUCAAUGACAGAAGUCCCAAGUGAAAUAUUUUCAGAAGCCAAAUCUGUUACUAGCCUCAUUAAGAGAUACUUUCCUCACUCAAACGAGAUUAACAAUUUCUCAAGUCCUGCAAGUUCUGAUGCUACUUCUAAAAUUCGAAAGCGGAGGAAGAAAUACUCAAAGACCAAAUUAGAUGAUCGAGUUGAAUUCUUUCCCAAGCUUGCUGAAUGGAGUCCCUCAGAAAUACGUGGACCCGAAGUUGGGAGACGUCUCCAAAUGGCGUCAAAUAAUCUUGGAUCUUCCGCAAGCAAAAAAAAGUCUGCAAUUUAUUUCAGCAGAUCUAAAGAUAAAAAAGUGUUAGGGUUUGAUGCUCCUUUGACUAAAUGGUCAGUUUUUGAGAUCAGUGACAGUGAUGGCUAAGAGAAUAUGAAAUUCAAGUGUUAAGUGUUGGAGGGAUUCAAGAUUACAUCAAAUAAAGCUAAAAGGUGGUUUCCAUUUGGAAACACAAACCCUCAAGCCAUCACAAAUUAAUUUACCUAAUAUAGGUUCAAUUUGACAUUCCCAUUCCACUAACCCUAU